CGAAACGGUCUAAAAUUGAUAAAAUGUAUCAUUUGUUAUACAUUAGUGCAUCCAUUGUCAUAGGCUUAGUGUUAGGCAUAAGUCUUACUUAUGUGUUAAUGAGGGAUAAUCACAGACAACAAUUAAUAGACAAAUCGGUGCCUAUUGACCACCAGUCCAUUCGUCAAAGUCUUAUGAAUGCCAUCGAUUCCAAUAGGAUUGGCGUUUGGCUUAAGAAACUCAGUGGACAGCCUAUAAUUGGAGAACAGCACGCUAUAGAUAACAACACUCUGUUUGUCUACAAUAUAUGGUUAAACCAAGGAUUGAAUGUGACCCUGGCAAACUAUACUGUUCUCAUGUCUUACCAAAUGCCAAGUAAACCAAAUUUGGUUUUCAAAUAUGACAAAACAAAUCAUUUGAUUUACACUUCGAGUCCAUAUGAAGACCCGUUGAAUGCAACGGCAGAUGAGAGAAGUUAUUACACAUCGAACCCACCGUUUUUGGCCUUUUCUAACUCAACCGGUAGUCAGCGACUCAAAGGACACAUCGUUUAUGUGAAUUAUGGCAGAGAUGAGGACUACGACUAUUUGAAGCAACACAACGUGUCUGUGUCCGGACAUAUAGUGGUGGUCAGGUAUGCCAAGAUAUUUCGCGCCAAUAUUGUCAAACUGGCUGAGGAUAACGGGGCCAUCGGUGCCAUCAUAUACACCGAUCCCUAUGACUACACCGAUGGUGACCAAAGCAAUACAUAUCCCAAAUCAGUGUAUUUGCCUAAAUCUGGUGUCCAAAGGGGAACCGUACGAAUGGGCGACGGCGACCCACAAACACCUCUCUAUCCCUCCAUAAAGAGUGCCUAUAGAUUACCAAUGAAUGAGUUGCAAAUGCCCCGAAUCCCCGCCCAUGCCAUCAGUUAUUUGGACGCAAAGUAUAUAUUGCAUGAACUCAAUGGUAUGAAAGCACCGGAUGGUUGGGUCGGGGGAUUGAACAUUACAUACAACUUAGGGCCCGGAUAUAAAGAUAAGGGUUAUGUUGAACUCGAAGUGAAUACAUAUUUGUGGCACAGCAUUUCGCAACCUCUCCUUACGGAUAGCUAUUCCGUACCUAAUUCACCGGUCACUGGAAAGAGCGACCAAUUGGGUGACGACUGGUCUGACCAGGAAUUGGAUGACUUGUUUCAGUCACCUCUGGAGGAAGUGUUGGAUUCAAUGCGCUUCAGAUCCUCUCAACACAUCUCUCGUCACCAAUGCUUCCGAUCUGUGCUUUACUUAAGUCUUAUAUCUUUGGUGUUUGGCUUCACUUUUGGCAUAAUCUUCGUCACCACUUAUCAGGACUUUCAUUCACGCUUAGUGUUAGGCAUAAGUCUUACUUAUGUGUUAAUGAGGGAUAAUCACAGACAACAAUUAAUAGACAAAUCGGUGCCCAUUGACCACCAGUCCAUUCAUCAAAGUCUUAUGAAUGCCAUCGAUUCCAAUAGGAUUGGCGUUUGGCUUAAGAAACUCAGUGGACAGCCUAUAAUUGGGGAACAGCAGGCUAUAGAUAACAACACUCUGUUUGUCUACAAUAUAUGGUUAAACCAGGGAUUGAAUGUGACCCUGGCAAACUAUACUGUUCUCAUGUCUUACCAAAUGCCAAGUAAACCAAAUUUGGUUUUCAAAUAUGACAAAACAAAUCAUUUGAUUUACACUUCGAGUCCAUAUGAAGACCCGAUGAAUGCAACGGCAGACGAGAGAAGUUAUUACACAUCGAACCCACCGUUUUUGGCCUUUUCUAACUCAACCGGUAGUCAGCGACUCAAAGGACACAUCGUUUAUGUGAAUUAUGGCAGAGAUGAGGACUACGACUAUUUGAAGCAACACAACGUGUCUGUGUCCGGACAUAUAGUAGUGGUCAGGUAUGGCAAGAUAUUUCGCGCCAAUAUUGUCAAACUGGCUGAGGAUAACGGUGCCAUCGGUGCCAUCAUAUAUACCGAUCCCUAUGACUACACCGAUGGUGACCAAAGCAAUACAUAUCCAAAAUCAGUGUAUUUGCCUAAAUCUGGUGUCCAAAGGGGAACCGUACGAAUGGGCGACGGCGACCCACAAACACCUCUCUACCCCUCCAUAAAGAGUGCCUAUAGAUUACCAAUGAAUGAGUUGCAAAUGCCCCGAAUCCCCGCCCAUGCCAUCAGUUAUUUGGACGCAAAGUUUAUAUUGCAUGAACUCAAUGGUAUGAAAGCACCGGAUGGUUGGGUCGGGGGAUUGAACAUUACAUACAACUUAGGGCCCGGAUAUAAAGAUAAGGGUUAUGUUGAACUCGAAGUGAAUACAUAUUUGAAAGAAACGCCGAUCUAUAACGUGAUCGGCGUUAUCACCGGCUGUACAGAACCAGACAGGUAUGUGUUGGUUGGCAACCAUCGCGACUCCUGGACUUUUGGUGCACUCGACCCACUCAGUGGAACGGCUGCUAUGCUUGAGCUGUCCGGCGCUUUCAUGAACACAAUCCGCAGUGAGAAGUGGUGUCCGCGAAGGAGUAUUAUAUUUUGCAGUUGGGCUGCAGAGGAAUGGGGACUCAUUGGCUCCACUGAAUGGGUGGAGGAGAAUGUGAAACUACUUGAGACGGAAGCGGUCGCGUACAUCAAUGUUGACAUUGCAGUCAAAGGCAAUUAUACCUUUCAAGCGGCUGCCGUUCCCCUACUAUACAGCACUGUAUGGGAUGCCACCAAAGCUGUUGCCAAUCCCAAUGAGAAAGAAGUGAUAAAAGACUAUAAAACAGUUUUCGACUCAUACUUAGAGCACCGACCGUCCAAAUCAUUUAAUUGGACUCAUUUGCCUGAUAUAAAAAAUCCCGGUUCUGGUAGCGAUCACAUGCCUUUCCUACAGAUCUCAGGAGUUCCUGUCAUUGAUAUGUAUUAUGAUUGCGAUGAAUCGUCACAUAUUAAGUGUUAUCCACUCUAUCACACAAUGUAUGACACUUUCAAUCUUAUAUCUAAUCUUACGGAUAAAGGAUUUAAAUACAGCAAAGCUUUAACUCAAAUAUGGGCAGAAAUGUUGAGAUCCUUAAGCGAUUCACCCCUCUUACCCUUCCGCGAUUCACUCCAAUAUUAUCCGCAUUUCUUAUAUCUGGCUUUGGAUGACCUCAAGAAUAAUUUUAUGUUCGAAGCUAUCAAUGAUUUCGAUUCAGCUGUCAAUUGGUUCAGUAAACAAAUCAAACGAAUUGAUGAACAAAAUCCAUUAGAACUUCGAAGAGUCAACGAUAUAAUGAUGCGUUUGGAGCGAGCAUUCCUCGAUGAUCAGGGUCUGCCUUUCCGUAAGCAAUAUAAACACACAGUUUUAUCUGCCAGUGCUUUAGACUCGUAUAGUGGGUCCAGUUUUGCCGCUCUUUAUGACCUCUUAUGGCAGUUCACUCAUGAGCCAAAUGACAAGCUUUUGGCAUUAAUUAAACAACACUUAUCUGUAAUUGUAUUUCACAUCAAUUCAGCCAAACUUAUGCUAAAACAGACAUCUGUUUAAGAAAUGCGAC